CUUUUUUUUAACAACCCCGCCACUGCCAUAUUCUAUUGUUCCAUAUAGAAGAAUUUUGUCGCUCAUUACUCCUGAGAGUUAUCAUGACGGACGAAUCCACGCCCUCCCAUCUUUCUCAGCUUCCUCCAGAAAUGCUUGAUUUCACCAUCCUCAAACGCACAACUACCCUCGCUCCUCGCCUCGGCCGCCUCUCUCUCUCUAGUAGAAAGACUAUACUAACUCCCGGAUUCCUUGGAAAUACUUCUCGGGGUAUUGUGCCGCAUGUUUCGCAAGACAAUUUUCCUAAAACCGGCAUCAAUGGCGUGUACAUUGCUCUCGAGGAUUUCGUAGAGAAGCACCCGCAAAAGACUCCGCCCAUAUUUCAGAUUGAAGCUUCGGAUCCCCUUCGCAGGUUCAUUGCCCUUCCUCACGACUCGCUCAUCGUGCUAGGCGCCCGCCGACAGCCACCAAUACCAAGCGCAGCUACAAAUACAAAUUCGGAGAUAGGCAUACUGACGUCGGUGGGAUUCCGGACAAUAAGUUCAGAAUACUACGCCGCCGCUGCACGAAAGCUGCAACCAGAUAUUGUGGUUGGUUUGGCGGAUAUUCCAUUUGGACAAGAAACGAUCGGAUCGAGAAGGAAGGACAAGAUGAGCGAUAGGACCGAAACUUGGACUAGGGAUAUAAUUGCCAAAAGGAAUACAAUCGAGAAAGGGACCCCACGAUAUAAUGUCUUUGCACCGAUCCUCCCGAUCGAGAAAGAGCUGCAGUCGUGGUAUUUAGAACAUCUGCUGGAUGAUAUGGUGGAUAAGAUCAGUGGUGUCGCCAUAUACGACUCCCAUCUCCUGGAUCAGCUUCCGGAGGAAUUGCAACCGCUCCCAAGAUUGUCGUUUGACAACCCGACUAGUCCACAGGCUCUAUUGCGUCAAGUUGGGCUGGGGAUGGAUCUCUUCACUGUCCCGUUUGUAACAGAGGCUACUGACGCUGGAAUCGCCCUUGAAUUUACAUUUCCUGCCCCUCAAAAGACGAAUGGCGCCGAGAGACGAUCCCUAGGAAUCGACAUGUGGCAGAACGAACACUCGGAAUCGGUUAUUCCGUUGACUGAAGGCUGUAAGUGCUAUGCCUGCACGAAACAUCAUCGCGCAUACAUCCAGCAUCUCCUCGGCGCGAAAGAGAUGCUGGGCUGGGUCCUUAUACAACUCCACAACCACGAAAUACUAAGUGCAUUCUUCGCUGGCAUCCGUAAUAGCAUCGAAACGAACAACUUCGAGCAAGACGUCGCAGCAUUCGAAGUAUUUUAUGAACCCAAGCUACCAGAGAAGACUGGAUCCGGACCGCGGGUGAGAGGGUACCAGUUCCAAGCGCAGGAGCACGGAAAGUCGACAAAGAAGAAUCCCAAAGCAUACAAGCCAUUGAGUGCGCCGCUGAACGUGUUCCAUGGACAUCAGCCAAAUAGCAAGCCUGAGGUCAAGGAAGUGAUUGACGAUGAGGCGCUUGUUGGUUUAGUGGGUAUAGAAAAUAUAGGCCGGACAGAACAGUUAGAGCGGCUGAGGAUUGAAGAUGAUCAUUCCUAGGCACCCAAAGAUUAUUUCAA